AUGCUAGACAACCGCGAGGAUUCCCAAGGCCUGCUUGAGGGGUUUGGACCGGAUGCAUCAUUACUGGGUGUUUCUUCGGUUUGGUCUGAAAUUGUCAUGAAAUCUGAUGAAUUGGACAUCCGGUCAAAGUCUGGUGAUGCCUUGACUGACGUCGUUGAGGGCGCUGUCGCCGUCCUUCGUACGCCCUCUCGACCGACCUGGCUUCUACAUGAAUCUCUUCUCUCUUCAGCUCGGCGUCUGACCAACCUCAGCAUGCAUCUCUUUCCACGGUAUAUGUGCACCUUUUACUCCUUUUCGUAG